CGAUGUAAGGUAAACAAUCGAGACAUCGAGAAAUAUCGAUGGACGCUCUUAUUUCUAAAUCGGCUGAGGUAAGGGAUUCCAUUGGAGUUAAGGGCCAAUCGAUCUAAUACUUCACAGACAUUUAGGUGAGCACGGUCCAGAAGCGGUUAGUCGUCAUGCCUCGACGGUGAUACAGCCGUCUCCGCCGCCCUUGAUUGAAUGGCCGACAGAUGAUCAAUCUCAUCACACCCCUUUCGCACAGCUUCAAAAGGAGACGCAGUGCGCAGGCGGUCGGCGCUGCUCUCUGCCUACUUUCUCAUAUGCUCCGUAUACCACCCUGAUCACCAUACCCGACCAGCGCUUCGACAGAAACUCGAGGACGGAAAGCUUUUGUGCAGACGCGGCAAGAUGGGUCUUUGGAUUCUGGAAGAUAAGGUGAUGGACCAUGUUCCAGGCACCACUAGAUAUUUCGAUAAGCCACAUCUGCAAGAAGCUGGUAGAGAAGAUGUCUCCCAUCUCAAGUGCGAUACAAGUGGAGCGGAUCCGAUUAUCCUCGUCCCGCAGCCCAGCGAUGACCCGAAUGAUCCUCUGAAUUGGCCGCUGUGGAAACGCGAUGUGAUAAUGUUCGUAUUGUCCCUAACAGCAAUCUUCGCAACGGCACUAGGUCCCAUCUUAGCAGCGAAUACCUUGUCGAUCUCGGAAAAAUAUGGAAGAACAGUCACAGAUGGGGCUCUCCUGACAGGAUACUUCCUGUUUGGGGUAGGGUUCGCUGGAACCUUCUUCGUGCCCUCGGCGAGGAAAUGGGGCAAGAGGCACUUGCUAAUCUUCGGAACUAUACUGUUGGUUGCGUCGAGCGCCUGGGCCGGCGCCGCCGAGCUGAAUUAUACGAGUAUGCUAUGGGCCAGGAUCUUUCAGGGCGUUGCCAAUGCGCCCUUCGAGGCUCUCAUCAACGCCAUCGUGGGAGAUCUAUAUUUCGUUCAUGAACGCGGCAAGCGCAUGGCACUAAUGAAUUUUGCCCUCUUCGGCGGUGCAUUCUUCACCCCCAUCCUCGCCGGCAAGAUCUCAAACAAUAUGGGCGUGCCGUGGAUUUUCAAUUUCGUGGCCAUAUUUUGCGCAUUGUGUCUCCCGGCAGUAAUCUUCUUCGUCCCAGAGACGGCAUACCGACGCGACCCGCGCCUAAACACAGACAUGCUAGCAGCCAGUGAAAGCACCCAAGAUGUAACCCUCAACUCCGGCCUAGAAGCUACCCAAACCAACGGCAACGGCGCCUGCACCAACGGCAACGAAAACGAGAAAUCCGACGACUCCCCCCCCUCAACAGAGGCAGCCAUACCACUGCACCGCUACCCCGGCGCCGACACCCCCAAACGCACCUACAUCCAAUCCCUCAAGCCCUUCAGCGGGACCUACACAGACGAGAACUUCUUCAAGAUCCUCCUCCGCCCCUUCCCCCUCUUCUUCCACCCCGCCAUUCUCUGGGCCUGCCUCAUCCAAGGCACGCUAAUCGGCUGGACCAUCUUCAUCGGCAUCCUCGUCGCCUCCAUCUUCCUCGGCUCGCCCAACUACUGGGGCGAAGUCGAGAGCGGGUACGCGUAUACGGGCCCCUUCAUCGGCGCUUUAAUCGGCUUCUUGAUCGCAGGCGCGCUGGCGGACUGGAGCGCAAAGUUUAUGACGCGCCGAAAUGGGGGGAUUUAUGAGCCGGAGUUCCGUAUCGUGCUGGUGAUUCCGCAGCUUGUGUUUGGGUGUGCGGGUCUAUAUGGGUUCGGGAUCGUGGCGACGGAUCUGGUUAGGUUUCAUUGGGCGUGGGCGGUGUUCUUUUAUUGUUUGGAGGUUAUGGGGAUGGUGGUGGGAGCGGUGGCGAGCUCGCUUUAUAUCAUUGAUGCGCAUCGCAACAUCGCCAUCGAGGCAUUCACCUGCCUCCUCAUCUUCAAGAACUUCUUCAGCUUUGGCCUCACCUUCGUGGCCUUCAAGUGGGUGAGCACCAACGACACGCGAUAUGUUUUCAUGGUCAUCUCGACUGUUCAAGUCCUCGUCUGUCUGCUCAGCGUCCCGAUGUACAUCUUCGGGAAGCGAAACAGGAGCUUCUUUCACAGGCACGAUAUCAUGAAGAUAACGCGUCUGGACUAACUGUUGCUCCUUGGAUAUUCAUCGUCAUGGGUGUUUACACGGUGUUUAUUGAGCAAGGAAGGGAAAGAGUCAUGGCUAAGUCCAUGACGAUGAUUUCUGUUGGGAUUUGAUUCGUUGAGGGUUAAUGGGUUAAAAGGUUAAACAAAGCGAUGGGCAUAAUGAUCUAGCAGUAGUCUUCUCAGUCCUGCCGAGGUCCGAGCAUUAUCAGCUAUCAAUCUCAAUCCCAAUCAAACGAUAUAUUUUAAU